UGACGUUUUGAUUUUCUUGCCAACGAAAUGGAUUUUUUAACAAUUUAUUAAUUCCACUUAUUUAAGGAAAUAGGGAAUAUUUCAUUGUUGUAUAUUGUUAUAGUGAAGUAAAGACGUUCACAUAUAAAGUUUUAAGUUAAAAUAUGCAAUAAGUCUGUAGUGUUGAAUUUAAUACAUUGGUGUAUGUUCCUCUGAUCGUACUGAAUUUUAUAUGAAUUAAUAUCAGAAAGUUCUCAGUACAUCAAGGCAGGUUAAAUUCUAAAUAAGGCAAUUUUAAGAAAAACAUUCAAAAUGUCAACUUCAGGCGAUUUUGGAAAUCCCCUUCGUAAAUUCAAGUUAGUAUUUCUGGGUGAACAGAGUGUAGGUAAAACUUCACUCAUAACCAGAUUCAUGUAUGACAGCUUCGACAAUACCUACCAAGCAACAAUAGGUAUAGAUUUUCUUUCUAAAACAAUGUAUCUAGAAGACAGAACAGUGAGGCUGCAACUUUGGGAUACUGCUGGUCAAGAACGUUUCAGGUCUUUGAUACCAUCUUACAUAAGAGAUUCAACAGUAGCAGUAGUCGUUUAUGAUAUUACUAACGCUAAUUCUUUCCAUCAGACUUCGAAGUGGAUUGAUGAUGUAAGAACUGAGAGAGGUAGUGAUGUCAUUAUAAUGCUGGUUGGUAAUAAAACUGAUUUAUCUGAUAAGAGACAAGUCAGUACAGAAGAGGGAGAACGAAAAGCUAAGGAAUUAAAUGUUAUGUUCAUAGAAACCAGUGCGAAAGCUGGCUAUAAUGUUAAACAACUUUUUAGGAGAGUAGCUGCAGCUUUACCAGGUAUGGACUCCACGGAGAAUAAACCUCCAGAAGAUAUGCAAGAAGUAGUACUGAAGGAUACACCAAAUGAACUCAAAGAUCCUGACGGCGGAUGUGCGUGUUGAAUUUUAUAUAUGUAUAUCAAAAAAUUAUCCACUUCUGUGCUUGAUUGCGUAGGUACUGACACUGACAUUUAAAGUGAAUUCUUCAAGCAAUUGUAACAAACUGUAGCUCUUGACUUGGCUUGUGACAUUUCAAAAAAAUAAUUUUGUUUUGUGAACGAAUGUAUCUUCCCUAAAAAGCGCUCAUCAGAAUAACCGGAAAGCAAAGUAUAUAAAAUAUCUGCCACUAAUCAGGGUUUUGGUAUUCAGUAAAUCGAAGUAAUGAUCAGUUUGUUGAUGAAAGUACUUGUCUGGGCAGUUAUAAGAACCUUCGCACAUGCGUUUUUCAUACAUGUAAAAUAACUUGUUUACAAUAUAUCCAAUAUAUUGGUAUCUUGGUCUUGGCACCUUUAAUCUCAGUCUGAAAGUUGGAUGUAUUGUGCUUUGCAAUAUUUUAUGUAUGAAAAGCUCUUUUAAUGGCUUUAUGUGUUAUGUGUGAUAUAAUUACAUUGCUUUCUUGUUCUUUUACUCAUUGUAAAAGACAAGUUUGUCCUUGAUAUACCUGAUCAUUAUUUCUCUAUUGCGUUAGUUCUACAUCAAUAAUGAACUUGUAAGGAAUUUGAACGCAAAACAAAAAUUAAUUUCGUUGAAGUGACUCGAGCGGUUUUUAAUUUUUGGCCGCUUAUUAUUUUUAUUUAUAACACAAAACGUCAAUUUUGUUUAAUUUCUGAGAUUAGAUCUCUUUUUACAACACUGAGAAGUGUUUGAUGCAUAUUUUCAGAUUAUUUUUUUACUGUUCAUAUUAACUGUUAUUUUAUAUUAGUUAAUAACAUUCGAACAGAUCUAAUCGCAGAAAUCUGAACAGCUUUCACAACUUGAGGUUCAUACAAAGAGUUCAAUAAAACAGGGUACCGAUAUGGCAAGUUACCGAAAAGGUUAAAGGCGAAUUUACACGUGUCAAAUAGCUAAAGCAAGUAAAUAAAUCAAGUAGCUAAAUUUAGCUAUUUAUGUGGUGUAAACAACUUAAUUUAGUACUUGCGCAAGUACCCAAUUUAGUAAAAAUUUUAGUCAAAUGAAUGGAAACAAUAGGGAACUUGCACAUUUUUUUAUUACAUAAUAAUGUUCAGUUUUGUUUAACAAUGAGAUUUACAAAAUUUCACGCUUCAAAAACUCAUAAUAACUUAGAAAUACAAAUUUAAAGUCUUCUGCGGUAUAAAAUAGUUCAAACGACCCGUGACGUCACAUAGUUUUAUUAUGUAGUUAUGAUUAUGGUUAUAUUUAGUAUAUUCUUCUUCUCCUUCUUUAGUUUAUGGGCCUCCACCUACUUGGGUAUUUGGCCAGCUCAUCGUCGUAGAAUAGGGCUUUUCAUCGAUUGUCAUUUGUUUCGAGCUUCUAUCAUAAUAUGUUGUAUAGUCUGUGUAUAAUAUUGUACAUAUGUGCACGGAUUAUACGACAUUUGACAGAAGCUCGAAACACAUGACUGUGCAUGAAAAGCCCUAUAAGGGAAAUAUAUUUAUAUUCUACUGACAUUUGUCGUAUGUCAUUGUAAUAAUAUAUACCAGUUUGUUGAGAUUGGAGUUUGAUACAGUUUUUGAAGGAAAGGAAAGCAGGUUUACUAUGGAAAAUAAAACCAUUUUGUAAAAGUACAAGUUUUCUAUGAAUAGUUCAAACGAUGAAAAACACUUGUGACGUCACAUAACUGUAUUUUCUAGUGACGUUUAUAAUGUCUAAUUGUAAAUAAUUAUAGAGUCCUUUUCAUGAGCAUUUUUCAGUGCGUCACAAAUGAUAGAAAAAAAGGUAGGUCCGUGAUAAUACACAUUUAUGACAUUUAUUCUAACAUGACAUUUUAGUUAAAUCUGACAGUUGUCACAUUUUAUUUGCAAUUUGGCAUAAAAACAAUUGUGUUUAUUGCAUUUAUAAAAUGGUAUUUUCUUUAAUUUGCAUAGUCUUAUAAAUUGUACAGAUUAUAUUCGUAGAUAUAUUUGUUAAGUUGGUAGAUUGCCAUUGGUUGGUGUGUCGAGUUGAAACACUGACUCUAACUUAUAACUUUAUUUAUGAUUUACAACAUCCGUCAACAUAAGGUUACUAAGACGUUGUUUCGCGGGGUAGUCCUUCGGGACACCCUUCUCGCAGGACGGCUCACUAGCAUAGUAACGAUCUUAAUCUUACUAUGAAUAAUGACAAUAUCCUCAAUUUAAUCCGUCUGUGGGUUAUUUAUCUCUUCUUCCAACUCGGACUUUGGAAGUAAGUUAUACGUGAGUCUCUGCGAGGUUACACAAACAAACUUCGUCAAUCAACCUUCGUUUUGUUUGUGUAUGUAGAAACAAUAUCUAUCCAGAUAAAGCGUCUAAGAUUUCUUCUAUACAUGGUAGUGGAAAUCUGUCGUUUUCUAUUUUAUUAUUUUGUUGUCUAUAGUCUGUUACUACUCUCCAUUUUUUCAUUCCCUGAUUAUCACUCUUCUUUGGUACUAUAAGUAAUGGUGAUGAGUAUUCCGAUACUGUGUUUUCAAUUAUUCCUUCCUCUAAAUCUAUCUUUUUAUCGAUUUCCGUUUUCUGUCCGUGUGGCAAUCUAUAUUGUUUUCUGUAAACUGGUGUCGUAUUUUUCUGCAAUCUAAUUCUUGCUUUGUAUAUAUUCGUUGUAGUGCAAGGAUCGUCUUCCAGAUAAAAAACAUUUGCGUAUUUCGCACAAAUUCUUUCUAUGGACCUCUUUUCUUCUAAUGUCAUGGUCUCCGUUUGUAUCCUGUUCAAAAGUCUUUCGACUCUGUCAACCGUUUGUCUUGUUUCUCCCAUGCAAAAAAUAUUGAAUUUGUCUAAAUUCUGUAUUUUAGGUUUAAAAUUUCUAAUUUUUAUAUCUGUAUUAUUUACAUUUAUCAUUCUUACGGGUAGCAUACCUUUAAUGGACUUAACUAUCAAUCCUGCGGUAAGUACUCCUUCGCAAUAUCCUCUUCUCUCCGAUUUGGGACUACUGAUGAGGGGGGAAAGACCUCCGAAACCGGUAUAGACUCUUUCUGCACUCUCAGAUUUAGCCAGAGUAUUAUGCAGCUGCUGCAUUUUCGUGUUGCAGAGAGAUUGAAAAUGUUUAUACAUUUUUAAUUCAUUUACUCUUUUGUAGGAGUAUUAAGGUAUCUUUCUUGUUGGAACUUUUACCACGCUGAGCAGAUGAGUUGUGAAUUUUUUAAAAUGAUCUCAUCUUAAUUUCCUCGGCAUCCUGUUUGAUUUAUAAAUUUUGAAAAACUCAGGAGUUGUAACCAAAGAAAGUAUUCCACCUCUCAAUCUGGUGGUACGGAGACGAUAUUUAUUGUCGUUUUCUGUGCUACUUCGAUUGAUAACUUACUUUGCUUCUUUUUGUCUUUGUUCAUUUCUUCUGCAAGUAUUUCUAAUAAUUCGCCACAUAUUUUUAAUAUACAAUUCCGCACUGUUGUACACGUAACUUUUCCAGCCAUGUUUACAUUAUCACUAAACAACAAAUCAUGUGAACGCACACUUAAACGAACGGACUAAAUUUUAGCCACUUGAUUUAGUAACUUGCUUUAGCUACUUAACACGUAUAAAUUCGCCUUAAGGAAUUUCAACGUGUAAACCGUUCUGGCAAAAUAUUUGUUUUAAUAAAGAUAUACUCAUAUAUUGAAUUUAUCAGUACCUAUAUCUGCAGUAUAACAGGUUUAUCCAUAACGAGAUGUCUGUCAGCUACCUGCGUAGGUUUGUGGUUCUACCUGCGUAUGUACAUGUCUACAUGGAACUGUAACAACAGCCUUUCCACAUUUGUGAAGUUGAUUCCUUAGGUUUCGUAUUACCACAGUAUAUAGAGGUUCCACAGUAAAAUCACUCUUCUGUCGGCGCUUUGAUCUCAGGAAGUAAUACCGGCAGUACGCAAUUGGUAAUUCACCAGUGGUGGAUGCGGGUUUUCCCUGUUAAAAGCCGUACGUUUCUAUGCGAAUAACAAUGCGAGAGUGGGGCAAAAGCGACUGCCAACAUUGCGCGGUCGCCAUGCGCGACUACAGAUUUUACUUCCAAUUUUUCGGAGAGUGGUUCUACUGUCCCUCUUUAUGCUGUGGUAUUACUAUACCCUGUUUUUAAACCAGGAGGAGUAAACUCAAGAAACAGAUUCACAUCCAAUAAUGUCACUAGAAAAAUCACCAAAUUCAUAUUCUUUUUUGGUUGAUCAUGUCGGCCUUCGACGGUAAUCCAUAAAUUUUGUAUUAUACUAAUACGUCGCUAAAGAGUUCUAAAAACAACUGUUUUUUAUAUAAAUGCAGACUAAAAAUCUAAAAAUUAAAGGAAUAAAGCAGAAAACACAAAAAAUCGCUGAUAUAGCUUAAUUAACCUAUGAAUUUUAAAUGCCAAUAGUGUCAAAAUUUUCCUAAAUGCCAAUAGUGUCAAAAUUUAUUAAAUUAGUGGAAUAAACUUGCCUGCGAUUGGACCAAUUACAAACGAGCAUUACGGGGCGGCAAAUUUGAAUUACUCCUAGUUUAAAAACGAGGUAUAGUUGUUUGUUUAUUGGUUUAAUAAUCAACUACACUCAAUUUUGAUUUUGGUUGUGGAUGAGGUAUUAGAAAAGUUAGAAAUGACAAACAUGGUGAUUAAGCAAUAAUAAGAGUACAAUCCUUUUGUAUAGGUUAAAUAUAGAAUCCUAUGUCAGGAUGAUUGAUUAGAAACCUCAGAAGGAUGAGGGCAUCUUUGUUGUAAUCACUGAUAUUAUUUAUGAUCAUAACCGUUUGCGGAAAGAGCCAACAUAUACCACAUCAAAUUUCGCUGCAAAGAUAUACUGAUAACGGUUCAAUUCCAGCUCGUACCUAGUGCUCUAGGGUUUUUAACAAGUUUUCUAUUUUCUUUAGUAAACUAUCUUGAUUAAAAAUACUGGAACAUUCUGUUAAAAAAAUAUAAGUUCAUAGAUAUUUUUGCUUAUACAGUGUACAUUUUGAAAUACUUUGUAUAUUGAAUAUAUUUAUUAUAUACAAGAAUAUAUUUAUUGUUUUUUCAAUUAAAUGUAAAUUUUACGUGAAUAAAGAUAUAAAAUUUGCUUAAACGAUUUGAUGUAUAUGUAACAAUAAAAAUUUUGUUAUGUCCUUGAAGCAAAUAAAUUCGGAUUUUUGACAUUAUACAUAUAUUUUUGGUGGUUGCUAGCUCAGUAUAACUGGAUAAAAACUUGAGAUAUGAAAUAAAUGUUCGAAAGGCUUGGAUAAUACAAUCAAACUUUCAGCUCAUCGUCAGGUCCCCGAUUAAGGUUAUUUAACCAAUAACUUAUUAGUUAACUUAAACAUCCAUGGACAUAUACAGGGUGUCCCGAAAAUAUUGGUCAUAAAUUAUACCACAGAUUCUGGGGUCAAAAAUAGGUUGAUUGAACCUCACUUACCUAUAUACAAUAGCGCACACAAAAAAAGUUACAGCCCUUUGAAGUUACAAAAUGAAAAUCGAUUUUUUUUCAUAUAUCGAAAACUCUUAGAGAUUUUUUAUUGAAAAUGGACAUGUGGUAUUUCUAUUAUUAUAGUGAAUUUCUAUUAUUAAAUUAAAGUGAAAUUUGUGCACCCCGUAAAAAUUUUAUGUGGGUUUUGUUCCCUUAAACCCCCCCAAACUUUUGUGUACGUUCCAAUUAAAUUAUUAUUGUGGCACCAUUAGUUAAACACAAUGUUUUUAAAACUUUUUUGCCUCUUAGUACUUUUUUGAUAAGCCAGUGUUUAUCGAGAUAUUUUGAAUAUUUGUCGAAUCCACCACAUAUUUGUAUAUGGUUAAGUAUGAUUAUAGACACCUGUUAAUAAUCUGAAAAUUCAUUUAUAACUUACAUUUUUAGGUAUAUUUUGAAAAAGAAACAUCUCGAUAAAAGGUGACUUAUUAAAAAAAGACUAAGAGGCAAAAAAGUUUUAAAAACACUGUGUUGUUUAACUAAUGGUACCACAAUAAUAGUUUAAUUGGAACGUACACUAACGUUUGGGGGUUUAAAGGAACAAAACCCCCAUAAAAUUUUUAUGUAAAUAUAUUAAAAAAGAAGCCGCAUCUCGAUAAAAACUGGCUUAUCGAAAAAAUACAAGAGGCAAAAAAGUUUUAAAAACGUUGUGUUUAACUAAUGGUACCACAAUAAUGAAUUAAUUGGAAGGUACACAAAAGUUUGGGGGGUUUAAGGGAACAAAACCCCCAUAAAAUUUUAUGGGGUGGAGAAAUUUUACUAUAAUUUUGUUUUAAAAUGUUCCUGCCAUAAGAAUGAUACAUGUCCAUUUUCAAUAAAAAAUCUCUAAUAGUUUUCGAUAUAUUGAAAAAAAUCGAUUAUCAUUUUGUAACUUCAAAGGGCUGUAACUUUUUUUAUGAGCACAUUUGUACUAAGCUAAAUUAGGUUCAACCGAACUAUUUUUGUCCCCAGAAUGUGUGGUAUAAUUUACGAUCAAUCUUUUCGGGACACCCUGUAUAUCUGGACUUUUCCUUAAGGUUAAUAAUAAAAAAAGUAUAAAACCUAACAAGAGGCCCGUUUUUUUUUAAAUAUUGUUACAAACACAUCAAAGAUAUUCAAACUUUCUCGAUUUGACGGAAUAGGUACCAAAUCUUCUACAAAAUUUUCCAUUAAUAAAAUAGCUUAACAUUUGAGUUUGCUUUUUAUUGCCUUACUUUUAACAUAUUAAAAAAAUAGUAAUGUAUCGAAUGUGUUUUCGAUAGCUGUUGGUGAUGGUGUGCACAAAGGCAGGAUUUCUAAAUUAAUGUUUCCAGCAAGGCUUGUGAAUUUGUGUAAAGGUUCGGGCAUACACUGAAGUGUUUAGUUAUCAUAGAAAAUGUAUAUCUUGUUUUUUCGGCUGUUUCUGCCUUCUUUUUUUUUAAGUAAUUAGUGUUAAUCGGUUUUAUUCUCAGUUUUAUAUAUAAUAAUCCAAAAGUUCAAGAAAGAAUCCAGGUUUUUAAAUAUAGCAAAAGAAAGUAAGUCAAUUAAUAAUAGUCAAGGGUACCUUUGAUUCGCGCUGUUAAGUCACAAUGACGACCUCUCGUGGAUUUCGGCCAAACUAGCUAUUUAGCUAGUAGGUUUUUAGUUGAGGUUUUUAAUGUCAAAUUCUGAGCGCGUGCAUUUGAAACAAUAUUCAUUAUUUAUUUUUACAUGUUUUAAAUUAAUUGUUGAAUAAUAUAAAAUUAUUAACAUGGAAUCUUCACGUUUCAAUAAAAGUUAACGUCGAUGUUGUAUAAAAAUUUGUAAAAGAAAUCUGCCGAUUGAGUACAAUUACAUUCUUUUCAACUUAUAAAAACAUAGCGAAUAUUAUGGUUUAAACAAAAAUAACAAGAUUUUUUAUUGCAGUGACCACUUUAAAUAAUACGAUUACAUUACUGCAAGCAAAUAAUUUAUAUUAAUGAUACUUAAUUAAAAAUCUGAACAUUUUUCAUGGACUAAAAACAUACCUCUGUUAUUUAUACUAAGAUAUGUACACAGUGUACAUAAUUAUAUCACAAUCUUCUAUUAAAUUAUCAACUAUAUAUUUUUCAAUUUGACAUUAAAAACCACGAAAAUCCACGAGGGAUCGUCAUUGUGACUUAACAUCGCGAAUAAAAAUAUGAAAAAAGAAUGUAACAAUUAUCUUGCUUGUACACUGUAAAAACGUAGAGUGAAAAGCUUGUCUAAAUCAAACAUUCCUAGAUCCUAACCAAUUUUUAGUAACGAAGAGGAGUGAGUGAUGCCUUAGUUUAAGGGGUUGCAUAGGUCUUGUAUUUUCAAAAAAUCGAUUUGUUUUUUUAUUCCAUAUGAAACUAUAGUACGUCAAGAAUAUUCACACCAAAUUUGAAGUAAAUUCGAACAAUAUUACCGGAGUUAUAGAGAUUUGAAUACUGCGAGAUCGGUACAAUCCAACAUGCGAGAGCUGGCGGCUGACCUUCUCGUAUUGUGUAUUUUCGCUCAAGGUCACCCGCCAGCUAUCGUUUGUCGGAUUGUACAUGCUCUCUGCCUUCCCUAUUAUACACAUGUGGUGCGAUUCUACCGCGCAAAAUCAGCAACUUUAAACGCGUUUUACUCAAAAACUUUUUGCCCUUUGUUUUUCCGCGAGGUGGGCACGAUUUCUUGGAAGAAAACGACCGAUUCUGCAGAAACUUUUCAAUAAAGGUAUUUUCAAUCGGUUGACUCGUUAUUGUUUUAUGCAAAUUUUUUUACAACUUUUUCAAAUGUAAAAUACUUUUCCAAUUUUCAAUGAAAUAGAUUUUUUGUUUUUAAAAUACAAUUAUCUGAAAAGGUGGUUUUUUUACUUCCAAGACCUAUGUAACUCCUUAAAUUAUUCGUUAUUCUUAAUCAAUGCUAAUGAAUCGAAUGAAUAAUUUCGAUUAAUGACACCAAAAAUCUACGGAAAAAUUAUAAUCAAUUCUAUAUUAGAGGCAUUAUCUCGUACUACAGGAUCAUCUUUUAUUUAAUAAUGAGCUUUGUAACAACACAAAAUUGCGACUUUGUCCCUCAGAUAUGUCUUGUUUUGUUUGAAUAAUGUGUGUAGUACUCUUUUACAGUAAAAUAUAACUUACAAACUUUUGGUAUAAUCAUUGUUACUCUUGUAGUUUUAUUUCUUGAUUUGUUGCCGUUUCAACGAUAUACAAAAUAGAAAAACAAGUUGAAAUAAAAAUCUAUUAAACGUGGAAAUCCGCUCAUUUUUAAAAGUUAUGUCAUGUAUUCCUACGUUUAUAUAGAUUUUUGGUCUAUGUCGUUAUCUCAAUGUAUGCCUAACCGUCAAUAGAUUAAUUUUUUAAAAGAUUAUAAACACCCAACCCAAAAGACUGGACGCCCUUUUAUUAAGUGUAUAAAAAUUAAAUAUUCAAGUAAUUUAAUAAAAAAUUUUAUUCCAAAUGAUACUUCAUGAAUGGACACCAGUUUGUGCAUUUACUUAAUUGAUAUUUUUAUUAUCAAAUACAUUUGCUUUGUUUAAUGAAUACUAAUGUAACUUAAGGAGAGUUGUGAUUAAAAAAGAUAAAAAGAAAGGGAAAUAAUAUCGUAAUAAAUCAAUAAACAAUAUUUAAACGAUUCAUCAUCGUAAAAAUCUCAAUUUUUCAUCAAGUGUAAAUUUUUAGUAGUUACAGAAUAUUUUAAGCCUAAACAUAUAUUAGUUAAACAUAAAAUAUUUAAUCCAAAAAUAAUCUGUUUGUAUAAAAAAUCAACAUGGACGUUGCUGAAACUAUAAACUUAUCAGCGCAUGUGUUAAACGUUUGAAAACCGUUUUUAUUUAAUUGAAACACAUGAAAUAUUCUUCUUGAUGUGCCUAUCUUUGACGAAUGUUGGCGAUCAUCAUGGCAAUAUUUAUCUUAUCUGCAACAGCUCGGAAAAGCUGCACAUAUGUUGUGCUGAACCAGGUUCUGAGGUUCUUCAACCAGAACUGUAACUGUCGAGAUUUGAUGGUGGUCAGUACCUCUCGAUUCUUCUGAAGACCUCCUCAUUUGUGACUUAGUCAGUCCACGGGAUUUUAAGUACUAUUCUCCGAAAUAGCCACAUAGUACAGCUUUUGGUCUUAUGAGACUUGCUUUUUCAAUUUGUACAACUAUUUCUUAAUUCAUAACUGAUAAUUUCAAGGAGUUUCAGAAUUAUAUAACUAUAUACAGGGUGUCCCCGAAAAUAGUGCGUUCCUUAAAGGUAUAGGUAGAAGGCACAAUUUAGAGCAAAAAAGUCUUACAUUUUUUUUCUAAAUUGAUCCGUUUGACCAAAAUCGAAAAUACAUUUUGAUAUGCCAAUUGAAGUCUGGCAACAACGCGCAACUCAAAAUCUAAAGAUUAAAAAAGUAGGUUUGUAGGUCAGUUGCAUCUGGUAGGUAAAAUAAUGUAAAUAUCAACCAAACCCAUAUCCAUUAUUUUGCAGGUAGGUACCUACGAUGUCAACAACCUCAAAAACCACACCUUAAAGUAAAUAAACAAGGGGUUAUUAGGUUAAAUUUCCACAGUCACAACAAGUUCUUCUAGGCUGCGUUGCCAUGUCAUUCAAAUUUAUGCAAAUAAAAAUUCAUUUAUAUGGAGAACAAUGUAAUUUUUUUUUUCUUGAAAACGGUUAACUUUAGAAAAAAAUGUUAUAGGACUUUUUUGUUCUAAAUUGUGUAUUAUAUUCAUACCUUACAAGGAACGCACUAUUUUCGGGGACACCCUGUAUAUGUAAAUUAUUGUGUUUAUUUCCUCCUUGUUCUUCGUAGGCAUAUUUGUAUGUCAAUUGUUAGGUUGUUGGUGUCAGGCUACUCAGUUUCAGAGAUUGUUUUAUCAUUGGGUGCGUUCGAACGACCACAGCGGCUGACUGUCGCCACAAAUCGGCUGAGUGGUCGUAUCCAGCGCUGAUAGGGAAAGCUUAGUAAAUCUCUCAGCGGCUGACUUCCAGCGGUGUCGUCUGACAGCUAUCGCUUACUCAAGCUGUCCAGCCGCUGUGAUCAUCCGAACGCACCCAAUGUUUCUCGGCCUUCUUGUUGAUCUCCUUUCAGCUGGUGAUUAAUCUCUUGAUAUUUCUACUACCCUAUUCUCAGUCAUUGGAUUUAUGUUUUAAUUCUGUUCAGUUUUUUUCUUGAUCCGCAUAACUUCAAUUUUACAUAUUUAUGUGCCUUAUAUUUUUGUUCCAUACUCUGUCUCUUAAUGUUUUAUUUGUUACUCUAUGAAGUACUUGUUUUCUGUUUCUAAUACUCUUUGUGUUAGGUUCGUUUGACCAAAUAGAAUCUCCAAGGCAUCCAGAUAUUCUGUUCGCUUUAUUAAUUUGUUGUUCCUAUUUUUUGGUAUCUGGAUUGUUAAAUUCCUAAAUACUGUUUCCACCACCUGGUCAAUUAUUUUGUCUUUAAUUUGCAGCGGAUGGUGUCAUUGAUUUUUUUUUUCUAUGAAAAUGGUCAUUUUAUAUUGUAAGUGAUAAUGUAAAAUUGGCGCAGUAUUCUCUGAAGAUCCUACUCGUGUUUUCAUUCGUGUUUGUUUAGAAAUAAAAUAUCUACUGACUACUAAACCUUUAACUAAAGACGAAACGCACUAGUAAUCUUAAUUUGCUCAUAAUAAGUGUUUUCCUUCUCAAGUCAGUGUAUAUUACGUUUAAAAAAUUUAUAAAUCAUCCAAACCCAUUGAUUUCAGUACAAAAGGACUAAGUGAUAAAACUUGUGACUUACAGUUUUGUAAUUUUUUUAGUAAUUGGGAUAUUCUUGAAAAAAAUGGGUUUGGAUAUAUUUUAAUCAGUUAUUGUGUCUCGAGUUUUUAAAGUAGUAGAUUCAUAGGCAGCUCAGUACCAAAAAGCGUUAUCAAAAAAUUAUAAUAAAAAAUAGGGGUACUUAAAUCUGUGCCAAAUUUUACAUAUUUCGGGGUUUCUCACCAUAAAAUAUUUUAUACAUAAAACACUGGGCAAUUUUUGGUAUAUGAACAAUAGAGUAAAAUAUCGAUUUUAUAUAUUAAUAUUUGCUUUUUUUAAUGUUAAUCAUUAUAAUUUCGACAAAAAACGACUCACUGCCAUGUGUACUAUUAAAAGAUUAAGAACUACUGUUUAGCACCGAAUAUUUUAUCGAUCUGUGACAUCUCUGCUUUUAUUCUACUAUAGGCAUUAUAUCACAUUGUAGAUUCUAGAUUUCAAAGGGGUUAGUUGGCCUGACAAACUAUUCGACACUGCUAAGUGAAAGAUCUCUUGUGUUUAUCGUACAUCCAUAUUUUAAUCCAAAAGUUCUAGAUUUCUACGAAGUCAGACAAGACAUUCACGGUUCAAACGAUGAGAUAUCUUAGUGAGAAUACGAGAUAACUCCAAGUUCAUCUUCUUGACUGGCUUUACAACACGAUCUUGCGCUUCCAUCUUUUUCUGGGACGGCAUACUGAUCUUUUACCGUCUUGUCUCUCAAAAAACACUGUCUUCCUCAGUUCCUACCACAUGACCUGUCAUCCGGUUACCUUUCAUGUGUCUGACGAUGUUUUCAGUCCCAUACAGAAUUGCCAAUUCAGCAUUGCGCCGCCUUCUCCACUCUCCUGUCAAUUCAUCUCUUGAGGGCCAAAUAUCAUUCGGAGAACCUUUCUUUCAAAUACAAGCAGCUUAUUUCUUUCUCGCUUAUGUAGAUUCCACGUUUCACUUCCAUAUUAUGUAACAACUGAGCGAAUAAUUGGCAUGUACAGUCUUAAUUUAGAUUGUCUUUUUAGCAGCUUAGAUCUUAAUAAUGAUGAUAGGAAAAUAAUGCUCUAUUCGCGAUUAAAACUGAAUAUAGAGGGCAGGUCGAAUGCAUGAAAAUGGCCGAUAUAAAUGGUAUAAACAAACAUUCAUUUGAGGAGCAGAACAAUACCGACUUGAUUUAAACUAUUUUAAUGUACUCAUAAUGCUGAAAUUUACUAAAAAUUUCUUAUUAGUGGCCAAAUUCCAUUCAAAUCAACAAUUUUCUGGUUUGUUUAUACCGCUUAUGGUAUGUACUUUAAAUUUGUUCCACCAGAGGUCAGAUACUUUGUUUUUAAUCGAGAAUUCCCUGCAGCUAUCCUUGCUGAGACAUAUUUUUCCAUGUGGUCAUCUGUGAUUACCGCCCUCAGAUAUUUAAACGCUUUUACUAUUUCGAAGUUGUGGUCAUUAAUAGUUAUAUUCUGAAAAAUUCUUACUCUUGGUCUUGGAUUUUUGGUUACUAGCAUGUAUUUGGUCUUCUCUCUUCAUUUAUUCGAAACCCUAGACUAAAUGUUUCCUCCUUAAGUUGUGAAAAUACCUCUCUCGAGGUUCUUGUAGACUGAGCGACUGCAUCUAGAUCAUCAGCAAAGGCCAGCAAUACUUUUGAUCCUCGAUUCGCAAAUCCCCGUCAGCUCAGACGAUAUUUUACUUAUUGCAUAUUAUAAGGCCAAAUUAACUAGCAACGGUGGUAAGGGGUCUCGUUGUCGUAAGUUCAGUUUUUUAAGAGUAUUUUUGGAUAGGAAGUAGGUUAGAAUAACCCUUUUGCUUGCCUGUAGUUUAAAAUAUUUUCUUAAUAGACUGAAUCAAGUUCUUUUUCCUACUUUCGGACAUCGUUUUUGUAAUAUCGCAGAAUAGUUCUGGCCCGACAAAAGGACUACUAGCUCCUUCUCUAGUAAGAAUUACUUAAGGCAUUGCUUGCAAUUCCAUAUAAGACUUUCAUAUAUGCCGUUCUCAAUUUAAGCCAGCCUCGACAAUGUAGUGUACUAAAGAUUAGAGUAGUUUAAAAUCUCUACUGGGAUCUAUGAGUGAAAAUCGCAACAAUUGUUUGGUAGUCUCAUACAUGCCAUGCUUAACUAGACAUCCGAAUAUUAAGCUUCGACUGGUAAUAGUAUAUACUACAAGCGCCAAUUAUUAUGAGAUUUCGUCACAGAUUUUAAAACGACCUAUUUUAGCGGUUUUGAUAGGUAAAUCAUGGCAAUGAAAUAGUGGCGGUCGCAAGUCUGUCAGAAUAGUCGAUAGCGGCAACGGAUAGCAAUAACCUAUACUUCCAAGAUACGCCAUUGAAUGAAUGCGGAUCUUUUCGCCGGUGAGAGUAGUCCGGCGAGUGAGGAGAAAUAAGUAAUUCGCACAAUCGGCUGCAACCUCAUCAUACAGGGUGUUUAGUGUUCGAUUAGAUAUACCCCAGUGAACGAAGCGCUAAAAUCGGCAACAUUGCUUAUGUGAAUGAGCUGCAUUUCCACUGCAGAACAACGAGAAUGACUAAAAUGAAUCGAGGCGAUAGAAGUGUGGGAAGCGGGGAAGCAGUGUUGCCAUGUAUAUUGUGUAUUCAUAUAUCUAAUUUAAAACUAAACAGUAUGUAUUUGGCAUUUGCUGUACCUAAUAUCACCUGUUUUAUUUAUUGUCAUUAAUAGUAAAUUGCUAUGUUUUGGUGGGAGUAUAGAGUAUAUCUACUAUUUUUGAAACUCUAUUAAGAAAAUUGUUGAUACAUUAUUUAUUUCGUUAUAUAAAUAUUAUUUAAACUAGUUUGUAAGAUAUAAGUUUUAUAUUACCCAUAGCAAUUUAAUUGUAUUGUAUUAAUAAGAAUUUGUAUAUGUACAUCUUUUUUUAAUCGAUGAUACCUCAGGCGAAUAAUAAUAUCCACAAUGUGUGCUUAAAUUUUCAGAAAAUAUUUAUUUGCUUGCUUAAGACCAAAAACCGUAGUGUGCUUUAUUAAUAGUACUUGCAUGGUUUUAUAGAAGUGUUCAUCCAGAUAUUGGUCAAUUUCCAGAGACGAAACAAUUCCUUCAGGAGUUAUGUAAUGAGUACAUUUACAUCGCUCAUGGUUUAGACUGAUUUUAUGUAUAUUUCUUUUUAAAACGCGGCAUGUUCUAUACUCACGAUAUGACGAUCUUCUUCUUCAAUUGCCCUGUCCGUUGCGAACGUUGGCUAUUAACAUGGCAAUUCUGAUCUUGCUUACGGCACUUCUGGAUAGUUCAACCGAUGUGAACCCGAACCAUAUCCGCAGAUUUUGGAGUCAUGAGAAACUUUUCCUGGUCCUCGCUUACGUGGUGUCGUAUAUAGGUGUCGUAAUAUUGAAUAGGUGUGGGGAAAAGAUACACCCCUGUCGGACACCUCUUUUGAUCUCCACAUUUUCAGUAAGUUCGUUGCCAAUGUUUGCUCCCAGUAUAGGUUUGCCACAAUCCAAAUAUUCUUGUUAUCAAUACCUGUCUUUUGCAGAAUAUCUAUUAAUUUUUCAUGAUUGACAUUGUCAAAUUUAUGAUGAUAUUCGUCAUAAAUAUGAAUGAUACUCUAUUUUAUUCUGUCGUUGUUCAAAUUAUUCACUAUUUUUAUUGGGAAUGAACCACAAUUUCACUUUAAAAAACUUUUAUUUUGACGUUUUAUAAAAUAAACAUUACAAAGCGUAUUUUAAACUGAUAUUGUGAUCAAUUUUUCAUAAAAAUAGUAAAUAGUAUUAAAGUUUCACAAGAAAAUACCUUCAGAAAAAUGUCUUUCGAAUUGAGUUCUAUACAAUGCCCCAAACAUUAAUUACUAUAUGGCCAUUUAUAGUUUGGUACUUGCAACUCGAAAUAGAUCUAUGGUGUUGAUGUUAAACCAAAUUUUAAAGCAUAACUAAAAUAUUCUUUAAAUCCUUUCGAAUUCUUUACUUAGAAAAACUAUUUGUAAUUUACUUCUACAUCUACUUUUUUCCUAGAUAAAUCGUCAACAUCAUCCUUCCAUCUUUUUCUGGGACGGCUUACUGAUCUUUAACACUCUGUCUUCCUCUGAUCUUACCACAUGACCUGCCCAUCUUAUACGGUUAGCUUUUAUAUGUCUAACAAUGUUUUCAGUACCAUACAGAGUCAUCAAUUCAGCAUUACGGCGCUUUCUCCUUAUGAUGCUACUUGCUGCCACUCUUGUUCUAAGUCUAGAUUAUUAUCUUCCUCUCCCAGCAAUUUUUGGAAUCUGUUGGCUAUAUGUGGCUCUGUGGCUUAUGGCCACUUGAUAAUCCAGUUCUUUAUUUGGUGUUUGAAGUGCUUCUAUGACCCAUCUUUCUCUUUGUUCUUGUUUUCAGUAUAUGUUUUCUUGUUUCUCAGUAUAAUGGUAAACGUAAAGAAUUUAUCAAGCAAUGAUUUUUGCGAUAAUGACAAUAUAAAAAAUACGCAAAAGAGGCAAUAAGUUCUCAAUGGAGUCUCUAGAAAUUUAACCAAUAUACAAUUGUUAAUUUUUUAAAUGUUGUUUAUUUUCGACACUCUGUGUAAUUAUGGGCUUGGGAUUCAAAUAUUUAUGGAUGACAAAAGGGCACAAAGUGACCAAAGCACUUAUUGGUGGUUAAUGAAUAUGGAAAUGUAAAAAGAAUCGGGACAAUGUAUACGUCUAAUGGGUUGUUUGGUAAAUAUAGAAUAAACUGCUACAUGUUUUAAAAGCAGUAAAAAAAGAAUUCUUUUAGUGAGAAAAUUGUUUUUCCAUGUUGUCAUCAGAAUCUUAUUAAUUUGGCGCCCCUAUCUUAAAGAACAUCUCACACAUCUUAUGAAAAAUAUAAUAUUACUCAAAUGAACUAAAAUUUACAUGAAUAGAUUCGUCUCGAAAUUUCAAUCAUUCCAUACCAUUACGCCAACUCUGAAUUUUGAUUAAUAACGGUGUAAAUUGAUAUAAAUAAAUAAAUAUAAAAUCAAAUGGGAAUGUACAUGAGUCAAAGAGAGAAAAGACUGCAGGGAUUAAGGCAGAGGCUUACUCUUAUUUUAUAGAUGAUAAAGUAGGUAUAAUUUGGUCAGUCGUACAAAAGUUCCUCUAAUCGGCUUAGCUCACGCUGGGUUAAGCUGUUUUCAAUAGCCACUAGACUAAUAGUAUUUACGAAUAACAGUUUUAUGGACUUCAAAAAUGUUAUUUCGAUUAACUUAAAUCACAAUUUACGCCGUUAUUGAUUAAAAUUCAGAUUUGAUGCACUAAUAUGAAAUGAUUGUAAUUUCGAGAUGAAUCUAUUCAUGUAAAUUUUAUUGCAUUUGAGUGACGUAUUUUCUAUAAGAUGUGUGCGGUGUCCUUUCGUAUCCGGUAUUGUUGUACUGAUUGAAAUUUUUCCAUGCAUUUUGUUCUGCUAUAGUAUGUACUUUUGUUUCUCAGUUAUGUGACUCAAUUAGUCAAGCUUUCUGCUUUUUUACAGAACUUCUAUGUUUGUCACGAUGUUAGCAAUAUUAUUUCUAAUCUAUAUAUUUUCUAACUUCUUUAAAAAUAUAUAAUACUAUAAUGAUGCUUAUUAUUUUAUUAAUUUAAAGAGCUAUAGUCGCUCUUUGAGAUCUGAGAUGACAUUCCGUAAGUUAUAAAUUAAGUAAGAUAGUCUACAUAUAUUUUUUAUUUAUAAAGAAUCUGAUCAUUAUUCCCAAGCUCAUAAUUGUACAGCAUUAAAUUAUUUCAUGCACUAACUGGAUAAUGUAAUAAAAUGUUAUGAGAGUAAAGAUGUACCUAACUGAAAA